CACGACUCGAAUAUCCUUCCUCCCGGCCAUACUCCUAUCUCUGGCUCAACAAACUCUCUGCACAUCCCAAAUCUGUAUCACACACUCCUCGGGUAUCUUGAAGCAAGUAUCGUGAACCAUGUCGCACGCUGAAAAAGUACAAUUCGAAGCGGAGGUGAAGCAAGUGGAGCAAUGGUGGCAGAGCCCUCGCUUCGCUAAGGUCAAGCGUCCUUAUACUGCUGCCCAAGUCGUCUCAAAGCGUGGCACGAUCCCGAUAUCCUACCCGUCCGAUCUCCAAGGCAAGAAGGCCUUCAGUAUUUUCUCGGAACACUUCAAGAAUGGGACACCAUCGCAUACCUACGGAGCGCUAGAUCCGGUGCAGAUUACGCAGAUGGCGAAGUACCUCGAGACCGUCUAUGUCUCGGGUUGGCAGUCGUCGAGUACUGCUUCGAGUUCGAAUGAGCCAGGUCCCGAUCUUGCUGACUACCCAUACAGUACCGUGCCCGGCAAAGUCGAGCACCUCUUCAUGGCUCAGCUGUUCCACGACCGAAAACAACGUGAAGCCCGUUCUCGCAUGUCUGACUCCGAACUUUCCUCCACACCACCCAUCGACUACCUCCGUCCUAUCCUCGCCGACGCCGAUACUGGUCAUGGAGGCAUCACUGCCGUCAUGAAGCUCGCCAAGAUGUUCGUCGAGAAGGGUGCUGCCGGAAUACACAUCGAGGAUCAGGCCGCAGGAACGAAGAAGUGUGGUCAUAUGGCUGGAAAGGUGCUCGUACCCAUCCAGGAGCACAUCAACCGACUCGUGGCGAUCCGGCUCCAGUUCGAUAUUAUGGGUGUCGAGAACCUCGUCAUUGCGCGUACGGACUCGGAGGCGGCGACGCUAAUCACGACGAACGUCGACGAGCGGGACCACGCCUUCAUUCUUGGCUCUACGAACGCUAGUCUCAAGCCAUUGGUGACGACGAUGAUCGAAGCUGAGGCACAGGGGAAGACUGGCGACACACUGCAAGCCAUCGAGGACGAGUGGAUCGCGGCAGCUGGUCUUCAACUUUUCACCACCGUUCUCGCUGACGCACUCAAAUCCCAAACCAACGCCUCACCCGACACACUUUCCAAGUUCUCCCAGCGCAUCUCCCACGCAUCUUACCUUACCGCUCUCGCCAUCGCUCAGAAAGAAUUCGGGCUGAAGACUGUUCCGUUCUGGGACUGGGACGCGCCUAGGACUUCGGAGGGAUACUACCGCUACCAGGGCGGUACCCAGUGCGCUAUCAACCGCGCCAUCGCCUUCGCCCCAUAUGCCGACCUCUUGUGGAUGGAGACGAAGAGUCCGAUUAUGGCGCAGGCGAAAGAGUUCGCGGAGGGUGUGCAUAGCGUGUACCCGCAGCAGUGGUUGGCGUACAAUCUGAGUCCGAGCUUCAACUGGGACGCGGCGGGCUUGGGAACUACGGAGAUGCAGGACUACGUGUGGCAGUUGGCGAAGCUUGGCUUCGUUUGGCAGUUCAUCACACUCGGUGGUCUGCACUCGAACGGUUACAUCUCGGACCUGUUCGCAAGACAGUACUCGAAGGAGGGUAUGAAGGCCUACGUCGAGCUUGUCCAGAGGAAGGAACGAGAACUCGGCACGGAUAUGUUGACGCACCAGAAGUGGAGUGGAGCAGAGUAUGUCGACAGCUUGCUCAAGACGGUCACGGGCGGUGUUUCGUCUACUGCGGCCAUGGGUAAGGGAGUGACGGAGGAGCAGUUCUCGAAGAGUAAGAUGUGAGGCGGUAGAGCCACGUCGACGUGCAUGGACUUGUCUUCUAUUGCGUGGCGCGCCACAUGUAUAUGUAGAGUCGGAAUUGUUCAUCUUUUGUACUGUAAUUUCUGCUGCAUCUUUCCUUGAUCAUCUACACGGCACUGUGCAGAUUUACGACAUUAUCUUUACUCGUCGGCAUGCACCGUGGACUUGGACGUUGGAAUCGAGGCGGAGACAUGAUGGGUUCUCCUAAAUAGGUAAACUGCUAUGCAGGACUAGAUCCGUUCGGAGCGCGACUUGUUUCUUGUUUACC